AUGGAUGCAGCUCGACUAGAGUCUGCGCUAGGGCACAAGCAGGAGUUGGUCCGCAAUUUCGAUCUCGUCAGUUUAACUAGCUUAGGGAUCAUCAUCGCCAAUUCAUGGGCAUCAACUGGCGGUACAAUUGUCGCAGCUCUGCAAAAUGGAGGGCCAAUGGCAGUUCUCUACGGGCUCAUUCUCGUUAGCGUCUUUUACACACUGAUCUCUGCUUCUCUAUCCGAGCUCGCCUCAUCGAUGCCAUCCGCUGGAGGAGUGUACUACUGGUCAUCGGUAUUAAGUCAAAAACAUGGACGAAUUGUCGGGUUCUUCACCGGCUAUCUCAAUGCCUGUGCCUGGCUUCUUUCUUCAUCGUCCAUCAGCUCAAUGAUGGGGAAUGAGGUCGUGGCUAUGCAUAUGCUCCGGAGUCCUGGCCUGAAAUGGCAACCAUGGCAGGUUUUUAUCGUCUUCCAGUCAGUCAAUUGGAUCUGUUGCGGCAUAGUCUGCUUCGGGAAUCGGUUCAUACCUAUGAUAAACCGAAUCGCCCUGCUACUUUCAAUGUGCGGGUUAGUCGUGACAGUUAUUAUCCUUGCAGUGAUGCCGACGAAACAUGCAAGCAAUUCUGAAGUAUGGACGAAAUUCCAGAACAAAGGACAAUGGCCAGAUGGCAUUAGCUUCAUAACCGGACUACUGAAUGCAGCAUUCGCAGUCGGCGUCCCCGAUUGUAUCUCCCAUUUAUCCGAAGAAGGUAUAAUUAUCCCCAUCUAUACCAGAAACAAUCUAUUGAUUCCAUUCUCAGUACCCAAACCCGAAAUCAAGGUCCCCCAAGGCAUCAUGCUCCAGAUGCUCACAGCCUUCACCACAGCAUUUAUAUACCUAAUCGCGCUCUUCUACUCCAUCCAAGACCUGGACGCCGUUUUCGCCAGCGAAAUCGCCGUUUUCCCAACAGCCGAAAUCUACAAACAAGCCACCGGAUCCAGCGCAGGCGCAAUCGGACUAAUCGCCGUCCUCUUCCUCGCCACCUUUCCAACUCUAAUCGGAACCUUGAUCACAGGUGGACGUAUGUGGUGGAGCCUUGCCAGGGAUAAUGCAACCCCAUUCGCCUCGUAUUUCAGCAAAGUACAUCCCAAACUCAACACCCCAGUUCGUGCAACUGUGGCCAUGAGUACCAUGGUGACGUGUCUCGGCUGUAUAUACAUUGGGAGCACAACUGCGUUCCAAGCUUUGAUUUCCUCUUAUAUUGUGCUGAGCACGUUGUCCUACCUUGGGGCUAUUCUUCCGCAUGUCUUGACUGGAAGGAAGAAUAUCGUUCCUGGUCCUUUUUAUCUGGGGCGAUUUGGGUUUGUUGUUAAUGCUGUUGCUGUUGUGUAUAUUCUUGUGACUGUGGUUUUCUUUUGUUUCCCUCUUGUUCUUCCGGCUACGGCGCAUAAUAUGAACUAUACUAGUGUCAUUGUUGUAGGGUUGAUGGCUAUGACUGCGGUUUGGUGGGCCUUUCGUGGCAGGCGUGACUACAGGGGACCUCAAUAUAGUAUUGACGCUGCUCUACGACUUAAUGGCGAAACGAAUCGUCCUGUGGAGGGAAAGACUUAG